AUGAACGUCCUCAAGCAAUCUCUUCUUCCCCAAGAGCGCGCGGAAAUACGGAUUCGGCACUACCCCCGUCGACAAGCAGCGAGUGCAGCCGAAGUCCUGCUAAGCGAAAAAUGCCUGGGUAUAUCUAUUGUCCAAGCCACAGGCUGUGAUAUGGAGUACCUUGCCAUUGCGACACCUGAUGAGGUCGCCGUCAUCUCACUCGCAGAUAAAUACAGUAUUUUCCCUAAGGAUGAAGCUCUUCGCACCUUACUCUCCGCGAAGCAGCCUAUACUUGCUGGGUUCAAUAUGCCACAACUUUCAAUCCGCCUCUUUUGUCAGUUGAACUAUCACGUUCAUGCUAUCGACCUGUCUACCUUUAGAUCGAAAUCUCCCAGCCAUCCCUAUUAUCCGUCGAAGCUCAUCUCUGAAACAAUGGCGACCAGAUUCGAUGGUUUCGCUGUGGAUAGUCUUUGGAACGACAGGUUGAACGAGGCGAUAGAUGAAAGCAUUCGGAAAGUUUGCCUUCGAGCGUGGAUUUCUGUUAUUAUUCUCGCUAGGAAUCUGAAUGUUGUUCCCCUUAUCAAGCCAAUCGAGACUCGAUGGCUGAAGCGGGAGGUUCUUGAAUGCUUAGGCCGUCUGUUAUCCGAGGCCGACACUUUACAGCGCGCCAAACCCACGGAGAUCUCCAAUGACUUUUCGGAAGCGAACAUGGAUAGCGAUGGCCGACUGACAGUGCACAAUUCUCGUUUCAAUACACGCAUACGCCCAAGUCCACAGGCACGUAGCUCAUGUCUUAAAUUUGAAUCUCAUGGAAAACAAACCGAAAUCAAGGUCCCUAGUCGCUUCUACGGAACAGUGGCGAGUGUCAAAGUCAUAGGGAGGGAAGGAGGGACGAAUACGGAGAAAGCACGAGAUGAGCUUCUACUACACGCAUUACAGGGCGAGUGUCAUCUCAGGCAUUCCAAAUUCGUGAGGAUGCUCUGGUUUCCAAACGAUAAAGAUGCGGAAGAUUACCUCGCUGUCGAUCCGAUACCACCCCUUCUGGCUGGGAAGCUGAACGAAUCGCAGAAAAGAGUAGUAUCAGCCAUGGUGUCUAACAAGCACAUUGUCGUAGUCCAUGGUCCACCUGGAACCGGUAAAACAUCGACCAUAUCUGCAGCGGCUAUGACCUGGGAUCGGAUAAAAUCACCAACUUGGAUUGUAGCUCAUUCGAACGUUGCUGUGAAGAACAUUGCAGAAAAACUAGCGUCGUCCAAUGUUGACUUCAAAAUCAUCGUGUCCAAGGAAUUCUACGUCGAAUGGCACGAGCAUCUUUACACCAAGAUUGAGGAUAAACUGUUUCGUGGGGACGAGCUUCCGAAAAAUCCGAAGGAGCUGGGAUAUGUCAUCGGCUCAUCAAGCAUCAUCCUGUCAACACUCAGUAUGCUCUCAAAUCCGGCGCUGGACCAAAAUGGGAUGUUUAACCUUAUGCCGCCGAGGAAUCUUGUAGUUGACGAAGCUUCUCAGAUCAAUGUCUUCGAGUAUAUGCAUAUAUUCUUCAAAUUUCGCAACGUGAUGACAAAAGUCUGCUUCUUUGGAGAUCCAAAACAACUACCGCCGUAUGGGAAAGAUAAGGCCUCGUCGAUGCAAUGUAUCUUUGACAUUGACCAUCUGAAGGACGAGUCUCACUUCUUGAACAUUCAGUACCGCAUGCCCCAUCCACUUGGCGAAUUCAUUUCACGAGAAGUCUACAAUAAUCGACUUCGCUCGGAGCACGGGAUAAAAGAUCAAUCCUGUAUCGCAUUUAUCGACACUAAAACAGGAACGGAGGAAAAUUCAGGUUUUAGUUGGCGGAACGCCGCAGAGAUUCGCACAAUCGUCCAUUUGGUCAAGUCAUAUUACAAAGACCGAAACUUUUGUAUUAUCACGCCGUACGACGCGCAAAGAGCCGCUAUUGAGAGAGAGCUCAAGAAUAACAACCUUCCAUGGAAGAGUGUGUUCAAUGUCGAUAGCUUUCAA